AUGUACCGCAGCCGCCGCCCCGCGCCCCUGAACAUGGACCACCUGCCCCGGCGGCCCCGGCCGACGUCGAGGGGCGAGAGCGCGGAGGCCGAGGGCGCGGAGGCCGCGGGCGCCCAGGCGGUCGUUGGCCUGCCCCGCCAGGCCAAGGGCACAGCGACGCUGCGCGAGAAGCACGCGCUGGCCGCCGUCCCCACGUCGGCGGACUGCGGGAGCGCGUCGUCCCUCGGCGGGACGGACGAGUCGAGGAGAGUACUUCUUCCAGCGAGCUCCAUACGCCGGUCAACGUGCCUGCCAUGCAACUCAAGGUGCCCGAGGGCCGCCAGCCCUGCGCGGUGUACCGCCGCGAGCCCCUCCUGCCGCUCGACGGCCUGCCGCCGCAGGCGCUGCACGAGGCGAGCUGCUGCAGCGCCGCGGGGCCCGGGGCGACCGAGGCCCGCGGGCCCCGCGCGUCAGAGCACGGCGAGCACGGCGAGCACUCGCCGCUCGACGGGGCCCUGCGGCGGGCGCGGCGCGGCCGCGGGGGCGGGCGAGGCGUGGCGGGGAGCCGCGGCGCGGCGGCGGGGGCCCCCCCCGCGCCCCGCACGGCGUGCUGCCUCGAGCCCGGCUCGCCGCUCGACGGCAUGCUGCUGGGGGCGAAGCUCGGAGGAGAGCGCCCUCGGCCGCUUGAGGGGCUGA